AUGGUUUCGUGUGCGAUAUAUCCCGACCUUGCAGGCAAGGUGGCUUUAAUCAUGGGCAUCGGCCAGGUAGGAAGCACGCAAUCCAAAAUCUGGGGCAACGGCGCGGCCAUUGCGAACGUCCUUUGUCAAAACAAGGUGAAAGUAUUUGGAUGUGAUCGAGAUAUCGCUGCGGCGGAGUUUACAGCCCGCCGCUUGCGAGUGAUGGAUGGCACCUGCGACGUUACGGCUGCGGAUGUUACAAAGCUGGCGGAUGUUCAGAAGGUCGUACAUGCGGUCAUGCAAAAAUAUGGUAGGAUUGAUAUCCUGGUGAACAAUGUUGGCAUGACAGCGCCAGGUGACCCGGUGAGCCUGUCUGAGGAUAUAUGGGAUAAACAAUACGAGGUCAAUCUGAAGAGUGUCUAUCUAUCCUGCCAUGUGGUAUUGCCGAUUAUGGAGAAACAAGGAUCCGGCUCGGUGGUCAACAAUGCUAGCAUCGCUGGGUUGCGACAUCUGGGCAAACCGCCAAGUGGCUUACAACUCCGCAAAAGCAGCCGUUAUCCAUCUCACAAAGGUAACUGGCGUGCUAUACGCUGGCAAAGGGAUACGAAUGAAUUCAGUGGUGCCGGGGUUGAUAUACACGCCAUUGGUUGA